AUGGCACCAUCAAAUACCACAGGCACCAACAACCUCCAAUCCAUUAGGUCGUCUUGCGACCGAUGUCGGCUCCAUAAACUUAAAUGCACUGUGCCCCCGGAAUCUGAUGGCUCGGAGCCAUGCGAGCGAUGUGCUCGUGCCAAGGUGCCUUGUGUGUUUGGGCGACGGCGGCGGGCGACCCGAGCUAGCAAUGAAAAGAUGCCGCCAGCGCAGGCUAAACAAACACCAACUGUCUCAACGACUGCGGCAGCAUCGAUGCCUAGCCCGUCUCCUACAUCGGCGUCGAUGUCGGCCGUUGGAUGCGAUCUCUCGACAAGCUCGGGGUCUGAGCCACAGUCGAUAGAGACCGUAGAUGCCAGACCCGAUGCGGUCGGCCCAUGGGACAGUCUCAUGGUCGGCUCAUUGCAUGAAUCCGACGAAAUUUCGGGGCAUCCAAGCAAUGGGAACUAUUCAGAGUGGUUACACCAUGGCUUCGGCUUGGAUGAGACGUACAUGUUUGAUGCCUCCGACUCUUUGGAUCCAGCUGCCUGGACCCCUCCGCCAUCGCUUCUGCCAACUCUAACAGUAGCCACUGGAGUUCCCGUCACUCCUGGUGACAGCUCUGAGAUAGGUAGCUGGACUCCUGUGCAACGGCUCCUCUCUUUGAUUGCCGACAUUCAACAACGCCUGAAGACCCUUGAGCAAGGUCCCUGGCAGAACGAUUACACUCGAAGCAUGGACGACUAUCCAGUCGGCACUAUACUUCACCUCUCCCAAGAAUUUGGCGUCGUCGCUGGACCAGUCCUGAAUCGAGCCAGCGUGACUAUAAGGACAUCAAUAGCCUCUAGAAAUCAAGUCGCAGACGCCGGCGGGCAAGGAGAACCACGGUCACAUGGGCACGAGGCCACAGUCACCUCCGUUGGUACAGUCGAUACAGCAUCAACACUCUUGGUUCUAGGAGGAUAUAUGUGGCUAAUGCGCAUCUAUGAUAUUGUUCUUAGCCACUUUCAGGCGCACCUCAGCCGUGUAUCUCAUGGGGGGGAUACGACUUCUUACCAAAGCGGCGUCAUUAUUGGCCCCAAUACAAGUCCAACACUUCAGCUCGGUGAACUCCCCAGUACCAGCACAACGCCCGAUCUUGGCAGGAUUCAUACGGCAAUGUGCAUGCUUCUGGGAGCACUUCGCGAAAUAGAGGGACAGUUGGGUCGUGGAGGAUCAGUGGCACGCAAUCUCGUGGUAGGAUUACUAACACAGGAGGCCAUCCAAGGAGCUGGUGACCUCCACGAUAGUUGCGCAGGCCUAGGCGCAAAAGUACAGUCAGUAAAGGAACUCUUGCGGGAAAGAAUGGGAUUUUAG